AUGGACGCUAAGAAGCAGGCGCCGUCUCUUCUUGACGACGACUCCUUCUCCUUGACCUCCUUCAUCACUGGAUACACGUCGUCUACAACAAGAACGCUAUCGUCAUAUCAUCCAAGCCAACAUCAGAUCGGUGGGGAUUCACAAAGCUUAUAUCAGCCCUAUGGGGUCCAUGCUUCUCCUUUUCAUCCCAUUUUGGACCCGAGCCUGGUACCUCCCCAACAACAACAACCACAACCACAACCACAGCCACAGCAACCCGAGCAUCAACACACGUAUCAGCAGCAUCGUGAGGAACUGUCGUGUGUGACCCAAGAAACUCUCCGCCAGGACUGUGCCCAGGCCAGAUUUAUCAUAUGGGCUGCAGUAAACCGCAACCUAUGUCCAACUCUAAAAGACGAAGAACGUUCAAAAUGUCCACUCCACAAGUGCCAGCUACUGCUGAGCGACCACGAGUCAAUGCUAAAGCACCUGGUCAACUGCAGGUAUCUUUCGACCGGAGAGUACUGGUGUCCUCAGCAUAACCGGGUCGAGCGCUUUGACGACGUUAAGUGCAAGCGAUGUCUCAGCCAUCCAUCUAAGAGGAGGAAAAUGUUGUUCAUGGCCAAGAAGUUCUUCCACGGAUUAGGUCACAAAUCCAAGCGGAGUCAGGAUUCGGGAUUCGAUGUUGACCAUGAUUCCAGUGCGCCGCCGCCUUACGAAUUCCUGAGCGCUGCCUCGGUUGAUCAGCCGAUCAUGAUGCAAACUCAACCUACCGAACUGGAAUCGGUGAUGAGAUAUGAAAUCGACUCAGUGGAAGUGUCCACUAUCUAUAACAAUCCCGAGACAGGACUGGAAGCCGGUGUCGACCCGCAGGCACUUAUGGUACCCGCUCCAUCCAUGGUGCUCACCUCGUCCCAGACCUUGCCCGGGAUACCUGAGACGUCCGAGGGGAUUUCCGAGCUCGAAUGUACCGAACCCUCCCAUCCGCUUCUCUCAUCUUAUCAAAGUUUCAUGGGGAUGAACUGGGAAGGCUCAGGGGCUUCCCACUCAGCAUCACCAUUCCCCUGUACCUUACCGGACGAUGCCUCAGGGCGCAGCAGUCAGAGUAGGCCGAGCCUUCAAGUCAACACUCAGGGUCUAGCGGGACGCCGUCUCCCACAGCGGCACAAUUCCAGGCCUGCCGUAGUCCCUUCUCGCAGGCACGGUCUAUCUCCUCAGUCAUCCGUCAGGUCCAAUGCAAGUGCGGAUACCAUCUUUACCACCAUGAGUUCGACGCUGGUGUCCCCGGUAACGGAUUACAGCGAAGGAUUAAGCUCUGACGUGGCUUGGUCAGUCAACCAUACCAAGAUGACCGAUGAGUUUAACGAGGUUGUUGAAACAUUUUACAAUGCGCCGUUCCCCAACAUCCUUGAUGGACCAGCUGAACUCCCGGCAGAAAUUCAUGUUCCGCAAAUGCCGGAUGAUCUCCUUUUUCCCCUGGAGAUGCCAUCGGCAGACUCGACAUAUCCAGCUCAGCUUGACCUGACAGCAGAUGAUCCUAUGGACAUAGUCGAGCCUGAGCAAAUCGAAGUUCACAAUGAUAACAUCUGCAACCCCGAGGUCGAGACGAUGAUAAUGUCAGCCUGGGAUCUUAUCCAGGAACAUUUAUCUGCGUCAAGACAAGCAAUCCAAGAUAUCCCGGAUAACCACUUGGCCAACAAACUCCGAACAAUGCCAUGUAAAGAGAUCGCGCUUACAGGUUUACAAACACUCCAGCAAAUGCUUCAAGGGGAGCAGCCUUCGUCAUCAAUGGAUUUUCUGUGUUUAAUCCACGUCAUAUAUGCUUUCAACUUUGUCACUCGGCAGGAACACAUGGAACAUGACGCGAAGGGAUUGUUCUUCCAGUCUCUGGCCUACGAGAAUCUACUUCAAGCCGAAGAAGGGACCGUGUACCGCCAAUUGGUUUAUCACAUUCUGGAACCAUCGGGUAUCACGCCUGGGGAUCUCGGUAACUUUCGUGCAAAGUCCUCUGUUGUGCCUUUGAGCAGAUCAUCUAGUCUGAAAGGCAAAGCUCCCACUACUCGCAUAGAUAUAAGUAGCACCCAUUCUGACACCCUCCUGGUUGCAGGAUGCCGGUUUUUGGAUGAACUCGAAAGCUGCAUUGUCUUCGGCCAACCAUCGCACUCACUCGAUAUCAAUAAGUCGGAACUCCAUAGAAAGCACCAAGAAGUCCUUAUGUUUUCCAGAAACCACGGAUUCUCAUCGGAUGUCACGAAGAUGCUCUGUGAACUGGUCAAAUACAACGAGGAUUUGCAACUACUCAAAGGAAAGCUUUCUGAAAUCUGCAACAAGGUCAACAACGGGGUCAUCUUCUCUGGUAGACGACUUGAGAUCGAAGUUCUUCAUGCUGGAAAGGAGUCCAUGCCCGCGAGUCGCUAUCACAGUGACUACGUCCCGAAAGUCUGGGAACUGUGCGACGAGAUCUACCUCAAGUAUUUCGGAAGCGUCAACGAUCGUGCUGUAUACCACCAACUCGGCAUAUCAGUCAUCCAAUCCGUGAUAUCGGGGUUCGAUAUUCCUCAAAAUCAUUCCACAGUUACCACCACCGAAGAAAACCAAGACGAGCUAGCCCGCUUCCUAAAGGACCACACGGAUAUCGGCAAGGUUCCAAUGGAAGCAUACCGCAAAUUCUCCGUACCAACAAUGACACUUACUCCUCCCGAAGCUCUACAUAGCUCCCAUGUCGCCAGUCUCACAGCUACUUUCGGACCGCAACAACCACAACAAUCACAACAACCACAACAAACCCGCCAACAACAACAACAACAGCAGCAAAAACAAGCUUCUCACCUUGGGGAAAUACCUUCCGAAGACCAAGCCCCAGCCAGCACUACUGAUCAAACCCAAAAGCCCGACUCUGACCCCCAACACCCACCCCAAUGCCACCUCUGCGACUACCGUCCCGACGGCAACCCCCGCUGGUUCAAAGGCAGCAUGGCCAAGCACAUGAAGGUCAAGCACAGCGACCAGCCGGACAAGAUCUACCCCUGCAAGUUUCCCGGUUGCAAGAGUAAGUAUAAGAACCGCCCGGAUAAUUUGCGGCAGCAUAUGAUUGAGAAGGGACAUUGGGUUGAAGGAGAAGGGGGAUGGAAUAGUAGGAGUGGUAGUACGAAGAGUGAGCGGAGGCCGAGUAAGAAGAGGAAGAAGGGGGAUGAUUUUGUUGUGGGGAGUGAUGGGAACUAGGCUGGAUGGAUGGACCUUGGAGGAAUAGGAGGAUAAUGAGUUUGGAUUUGAUGGUGGUUAAUGAUUUGAUUCUUACGAUGAGCGAGCGGGCGAGCGAGCGCAUGACGGCGACAAUUUUCC